AUGCUCCCAUCAAAAAGAAGCAAAGAAUCUCGAAAUUUCCUCAUUAAAAUGAGUCGACUUCAUGGCACACAUACAGCUGAUAAGAAGCCAAUGAACCUGAGAACUUCUGUAAUGCUCUUAUUGUCAUCAAUCUUCGUAGUCAUGCACAUCAAUGGCUUAAUUCACGUCUGGCCAAACUUUAAACGAAUUUGUAAUUCACUUAUGGUUGAACCGAUUGGAUUUCAGCUGUUGACCAGAAUGACUAUGAGGUUCGUCAACAAUGAUGAGCAGCUUGUGUCUGAGAUUCAUGACACGAUUGAUAAGUUCUACAAAAGUGAGGAAAAGGAACCAGAAAAACGGAAAAUUUUGGAUUUUAGUGUAAAAUUUAUUGAAGUUCUAUCAAAAUCGUACAUGCUGCUGAACUUCAUCUGCUUUAUGAUACCACCGAUGUCUGCCUUAAUUAUAUCUUGGAUUUCUAAAGAAUUCUUCAUGUUGGUUCCAUUGUGGCUGCCAUUUACAGACCCAAAUGAGAUUUAUGGAUUUGCUGUCAAUACAAGUGCGAUGUUCUUCUUCUGUAUCAUGUUUUAUGAGCUUUUGAUAUCCCAAGACCUGUUUUUCAUCUACUACACAUUGCAAGUCAUACCAAUGGGUGACAUAUUAAUCCAUAAAAUGAGACAGCUUGGUGAAAAAUUGUCAGCAAGUCGAAAAAGUGUGAAAAUAUUGACAAAUACGCAGAACUUUACAAUCGAGGAACUUAUAAAGGCACGCCAAAAGCUUAACAUCCUUGAAAAUUCAAUCAAGCAGCAUGAAAAAGACAUUAUCAACCUUAUCAAAUCCUUCAAUAGCUACAACAGCUUCAUAUCCUUAAUUCAUCCAUACAUGCACUACACAAAAUUCGUUGAGAUAUCCACAAAUGCUGUUGGCAUUGGACUUGCAAUUCUAGUCGCUAAUCUCUUCUCAAUUUCGAUUGGAAUUUCAGUCAUUCUUAUUUAUACUCUACAAGUGCUGAUGUCAUGCAUUCAAGGAACUGUCAUUUCUCAUCAAAACCAGAAGAUUCUCGACGAAACUUGGAACUUUCCGUGGUACAAGAUGACAGUUCCAAUGCAAAAAGUAUGGCUGCAGUUCAUGCAUCAGUGUCAAAGCUCAAAUGAACUGGAAAUUGUAAUGAUUGGAGUGCUUAACAUGGAAUGCUUUGCUAAUGUCAUGAAUGGAGCUUAUUCAUAUUUUAUGUACAUCCUUAAUUUUGUUAAGAACUAA